UGUAGAACCAGUCAUUAGAAAACAGUGACACCUCGUCAUUGACGAGACCCGAGCCAGGAAUUGAAGACUUGACACAUGCACCACUCUCUCCCAGCUGAAGACUUGGACUCUGAUAAAAGCCGAAAAGUUCUCCGCCGGCGUCGGCAUAAACGUGGCCUUGUGGAGCCGUACUUGUUGUCAAACGAGUAAACAAUCUCGUGCUUCUAAAAUAGUUGUAUGGAAGCGAUGGCGUCCAUUGACUUAAGAAAGUGCAGCGUCAUAGUCUGGGCAGACUUUUCCGUGGUAGCCUGCUUUAACAUCCAUAGCCUACAAGUUGCUUUUGAAAUAAUGCUAAAAUGUAGUCUAUUUAUGUGAAUGGACGAGUGUUUGAUAGAAAGAAGAUACUAUAAGCUACGCACAAUACAAUAUGCGUUCACUUAGCGAGGGUUGAAUCCCAGUUGCCAUUGGUCUAUGCUCUAUGGCGUCAGGCGCGGGGGGGCGGGGCGUGUCGGUUUGAUUGGCAUCGUGUUCUCUGGUAGUCUGCUGCGGGACCAGGACAAACAGCUGAGGGGGGUCUGAAUGUCCAGCCGGGACGGUCGGGUGGACUACGGCGAACUCACAGGCACGAUUCACAGGUCUUCGCAGUCGACUGAUGAGUAGCCAGUAGGACUGGGGUUGGGCUACACCGACUGGCACAGAGGGGCAGCAGUGCCAGACAAGAGGAUUGGAGGACAGAAGACAUAGUUGCAAAAAACUACUGGUGGUUUACUAGUGGUUAGCCUUAGCAUACUUGUGGCAGAAGGGAGGAAGAAGGAGGGCUUGGCGAUGGUCACAGCUAUGGAGGAUGCCUGUCCUAAUGGGGUUCGGAAGGAGGAGGAGGAGGAGGAGGAGGAGGUGACGCCCCUGGGACAGCCUGGCGCGGAGGGGCCCCCUGCCAUUCGUUCCACCCAGGGAACAGAUACGCCUGGAGCCAUGCAGCAGGUGUUGGAUAAUCUGGGUGAGCUGCCCACCUCCACGGGCGCCAAAGACAUCGACCUGCUCUUCCUGCGCGGCAUCAUGGAAAGUCCCAUUGUACGCUCCCUGGCUAAGGCUCACGAGCAACUUGAGGAAGUGAAGCUGGAGGCGGUGCAGGACAACAAUGUGGAGCUGGUGACGGAGAUCCUGGGCGACAUCAACAACCUCAAGGUUAAAGAUGACAGCGCGGCCGAGCUGUCCAGGAUCCUACAGGAGCCACACUUCCAGUCUCUUUUGGAGGCACAUGACAUAGUGGCCUCAAAGUGCUACGAAGUCCCGCCACCGGCUGAGACGGCCAACGACGCGGCUGUGAACAGCGCUCUCAUGCAGGCCGAUGCUGUGCGCAUGAUUGGCAUCCGAAAGAAGGCCGGAGAGCCACUGGGCGUGACAUUUCGCGUGGAGAAAGACGACCUGGUCAUUGCUAGAAUCCUGCACGGCGGCAUGAUUGACAGGCAGGGCCUGCUCCACGUGGGCGACAUUAUAAAGGAAGUGAACGGGAAGGACGUCGGCAACAACCCCACCGAGCUGCAGGAGAUGCUCAAAGACUGCAGCGGAGGAAUCACGCUGAAAAUACUCCCGAGCUACCGAGACGCUCCUGCACCUCCACAGGUUUAUGUGAGGCCAUACUUUGACUACAACCCAGCCAAUGAUAACCUGAUCCCUUGUCGAGAGGCAGGGAUGGCCUUCAAGAAAGGCGACAUCCUUCAGAUUGUCAACAGAGAGGAUCCCAACUGGUGGCAGGCAUGUCAUGUGGUGGGUGGUGCUACCGGACUGAUUCCCAGUCAGUUCUUGGAGGAGAAGAGGAAAGCUUUCGUCCCUCGAGACUUUGAUGGAUCAGGGAUCCUUUGUGGAACCAUAGCUGGAAAGAAGAAGAAGAAGAUGAUGUACCUGACAGCCAAGAAUGCAGAGUUUGACAGACAUGAAUUGCAGAUCUAUGAGGAAGUGGCAAAAGUGCCACCAUUCCAGAGAAAGACGCUGGUUCUGAUUGGUGCACAGGGCGUGGGUCGACGCAGCCUCAAAAACCGACUGAUGGUCCUUCAGCCCACCCGUUUCGGCACAACUAUACCAUACACCUCACGGCGAGCCCGUGAUGACGAGCUGGACGGCAACUCCUACCACUUCACCAGCAGGACAGAGAUGGAGGUGGAUGUGAAGGCCGGCCGCUUCCUGGAGCACGGCGAGUAUGACGGCAACCUGUACGGCACCAAGAUCGAAUCCAUCCAUGAGGUGGUGGCCACAGGACGCACCUGCAUCCUGGAUGUCAACCCACAGGCUCUGAAAGUACUGAAAACAGCAGAGUUCAUGCCUUACGUGGUGUUCAUUGCGGCGCCAGAUUUUGAUACACUCAAGGCCAUGCACAAGGCUGUGGUGGACGCAGGCAUCACAACAAAGCAACUCACGGAUGUGGACCUGAGGAAGACGGUGGAUGAGAGUGCCCGCAUCCAGAGGGCCUACAGCCACUACUUCGACCUGACCAUCGUCAACGACAACCUGGACAAGGCCUUUGAGACGUUACAGGCCGCUGUGGACAAACUGUGCAGUGAACCCCAGUGGGUCCCAGUGAACUGGGUGUACUGAGGACCAGCAGCAGCCACUCUGAGAGGGUCACACUGACCCACCAGCAUGUGUGUGUGUGUGUGUUUCUGACCACGAAGGCCAAAGAAGAGGAGAUACUCCUCCUAUUGCUCUUUCUCCUCUUAGGCCUGCACGCCGUGCAACUUUUUUUCUACUCAAUAAAGGGAAAGAGUGCUUAUUUAUUUUA